GUCACGGCCUGCAUCUAGAAAUGAUAAAAAAGAAACUAGGCUAUUUUUUUUACAAGUCAACUUAGUCAAAAAUGUGUCUCCAAUUUGUUAUGAAAUAGUAGUAGUGUUGAAAGAUGACUAUGAAUAAGUUCAAUGAAAUAGUUUGGUUAGUUAUAUAAUGGGUGACGUGUGAAAUUGAUCAUUUAUUGGACCUACAUCCAUAAUUUUGAUCUAUAAAGGCCAAACACUCGACAAACUAGUGUGUGCAUAAGCCUUCUUCUCUUAGCAUGGCUUUCCAAAUAUCUCAUUUUCUCUCAUUAUUUUCUCUCUUUUUCUUUUGCAUUUUGGAGAAGAGUUUUGCUAUUGAAACAACAUGGGAGCAAAGACACCAUCUUGUUCAAAUCAACUCUCUCUUACCAUCAACUUCUUGCAGCUCUUCAAUAAAAGGUACAAAAAGAAAAGCAUCAUUAGAUGUGGUACACAAACAUGGGCCAUGUUCUCAACUGAAUAAAGCAAAAAUUCUUCCAACACAUAGUGAUAUUCUUGAUCUUGACAAAGAAAGGGUAAAUUAUAUUCACUCAAAGGUCACAAAAAAUAAACAAAUUGAUAAAAAAUUAGAUUCAGGUUCAGCCAAUUUACCAGUUAAAUCUGGUAGUCUUAUUGGAUCAGGAAAUUAUUUUGUUGUUGUUGGACUUGGUACUCCUAAAAAGGACUUAUCACUUAUAUUUGAUACUGGUAGUGAUCUUACUUGGACUCAAUGUGAACCUUGUGCUCGUUCUUGUUAUAAGCAACAAGAUCCAAUUUUUGAUCCAACAAAAUCUACAUCUUAUUACAAUAUUACAUGUACUUCUCCUGAUUGCACUCAGCUCUCUUCAGCUACAGGAAAUGAUCCAGGCUGUGCUACAUUAACAAAAUCAUGUAUAUAUGGAAUUCAAUAUGGCGACCAAUCUUUCUCUGUUGGAUACUUCAGCCGUGAACGGCUAACGGUAACACCAACGGAUGUCAUUGAUGGUUUCUUAUUCGGUUGUGGCCAAAACAACCAAGGCUUAUUCGGUGGCUCUGCCGGCCUAUUAGGCCUUGGUCGUCAUCCAAUCUCUUUCGUCCAACAAACCUCUCAAAAAUACCACAAAACUUUCUCCUAUUGUCUUCCUUCCACUUCUAGUGGAGUCGGCCACCUCACAUUUGGCGCCACAAGUAAUCGUUAUGUUAAAUACACUCCCUUUUCAACUGUCUCCCAAGGUGAUUCCUUCUACGGACUUGACAUUUCCGGAAUUAGUGUUGGUGGUACCAAACUUCCCAUCUCUUCCUCUAUUUUCUCCUCCGGUGGAGCCAUCAUUGACUCUGGUACCGUCAUUACACGAUUGCCACCGACCGCUUAUGCCAGCCUCCGUGAUUCUUUCAAGAAAGGUAUGACGAAGUAUCCAACUGCAUCAGGGGUUUCAAUUUUAGACACAUGUUAUGAUCUUAGCGGGACCACGACUGUGUCUAUUCCGACGAUUAGUUUUUUCCUCGGCAGUGGUGUCACCGUGGAAAUCGCCGCGCCAGGGAUACUUUACGUGGUGAGUUUGAAGCAAGUUUGUUUGGCGUUUGCACCGAAUGGAGAUGAUAGUGAUAUUACUAUCUUUGGGAAUGUGCAACAAAGAACCCUAGAGGUUGUUUAUGAUGUUGGUAGUGGUAAGAUUGGGUUUGCUUCAAAUGGUUGCAAGUAAAGUUAGUUUUGAUCAAUGAAUCAUUCUUAUUUGAACACAUAUAUCCAAUUAAUCAAGCAAAAUGAAAAAUACAUUGAAAUAAUUGUAUUUUGGAUUUUUGAUUGGCUAUGGUUAUAUAACUAAAGUUUUCCUAUAAGAAUUUUUCUUGAUCAAUAUUGGCUUUGAGCUAGUUAGGGUGAAAGAAAUCUUAAUUGGCCAUUUCUUUUCUUAAUAAUGUUAUUUGCAAACUAGCACUAAAUAAUCAUGUGGGGGUUGAAAUAGAAAGAAAAAUACAGGGCAAAAAAUUGUGGGAAAUGGUGAAAAGGUGUAAUAUAUAGAUAUAUAGAUUUGAAGGGACAAUAUAUUGAUGACUUUAUGAUGUGUAAUUGCUGGCAAUUGUUCAUAGAUGUGUAAUAUGAAACAAAUGUAAGCUUGUUUCUUGUCAUUUAAGGUUUGUUAAUAAAACAAGAACUUCUUGUUUUGGAUUA